AUGCGCAAAUGGAUGCUGACAUGGAUCCUGCCACCUCUGCUCUACAGGUCCUGCCUCCACCUUGUCUGUCUAGUGGGCACUAUGUCUUUAGCAUGCAAUGACAUGACUCCGGAGCAAACGGCUACAAAUGGGAACUGUUCGAGCCCCGAACGACACACGCGAAGUUAUGAUUACAUGGAAGGAGGGGAUAUAAGGGUGAGGAGACUGUUCUGUCGCACACAGUGGUAUCUGAGGAUUGACAAGCGAGGCAAAGUGAAGGGGACCCAGGAGAUGAAGAACAGUUACAACAUCAUGGAAAUCAGGACUGUGGCAGUCGGAAUCGUGGCAAUCAAAGGGGUGGAAAGUGAAUACUAUCUUGCAAUGAAUAAAGAAGGAAAACUCUACGCAAAGAAAGAAUGCAAUGAGGAUUGCAACUUCAAAGAACUAAUUCUGGAAAACCAUUACAACACGUACGCAUCAGCUAAAUGGACACACAGUGGCGGGGAAAUGUUUGUGGCCUUAAACCAAAAGGGGCUUCCCGUGAAAGGGAAGAAAACGAAGAAAGAACAAAAAACAGCCCAUUUUCUUCCUAUGGCAAUAACCUAAUCAUAUGUGGUGUUUGAGAAAGCCAGUUUCAUUCAGCAGGGAGAUUUCUUUCCAGUGGACUUUUUUCUUCCUUCUUUCUCCUUACUUUCUCUCUCUUCUUUUAAAGUAACCAAGAAAGGCUGGAAAACUACUGAAAACUGAUCAAGCUGGACUUGCGCAUUUUUGUUUAUUUUAAAAGACUGCAUUAAAGAAAGAGUUGAAGAAUAUACACAAAAAUCAGAUUUAGUAACUAAAAGUUGUAAAAAGUUGUAAAAGUGGUUGUACAAUCAUGUUAGUAAUAGUAAUGUUUUUCUUAAAUUAAUUUACCCUUCAGAGUAUGUUAGAUUUGACUAUCUGAUAAUGAGUAUUUAAUAUCACUAUCUGCUUAUAAAAUGGCUGCUAUAAUAAUGACGAUGGUGAUGCAGAUGAUGUUAUAUAAGGUAUGUCAGACCUAACCCUGCUGGAAUGCUUGAGGAUCAUCAAGCCCACGCAAACUGUAGAGGACAAGCAGUGUUUGAGAGCUUUCCCGUAAGAGCUAGGAUCCAUGUCAGCUCUACUCAGAAAAGUGAGUGUUCUCCACAUCUUGUUAUAGAAUAGAGUCGACAGGUGGAUUUACAAAAUGACAGUACUGGAACAUACCUGUACUG